ACAGAGAAACACUUCCACCGUUUAAAUACCCACUCUACACACCCUUCGCAAGCACCACAAAAAAGGACUCGUCGUCGUUGUCGCCACCAUCGACACGGUAGCAGCGCCAUCAUCGGCAAUCAACCGAAAUUACGACCAACAAUUACAUUCAGUGUUGAGGUCGGCCCAUAAACCGCAGCAUCUCGAGAGGACGUUCGACGGCGACGGCGCGGCAUUUUCCACGAAGAAAACCCCCUGUCGAGUGACAGCGCGAAUUGAGGCGGAUUUUCUCGGAAAACCCACAGGCCAAACCAACUUCUUCGAGGACUUUUGUGCCUUUUUUUUUGGUUGGAAUCCCGAAACCGGUUAAGACGAUUUGACUGGCAGCAUCCUUCCUCCACCCCCCACUUGAACAUACACACACGCGCACACAAACACCAACUCAGCUGGGAAAACUUCAACUUGAGCCAGGAGGAGGAGGAGGUGGAGAAGGUGCGGGCUGCCAAAGGAAAAUUGAAUUUCGUGGAAAUUUGUGAGUGCUGGAAAAGUCCGUGAUCCUUGAAGAGUUGCGAAAACAUCGGCGAAGGCAGCUUGGAAAACAAAAGUUGAUAACAAAUGGACCCCCACAACCCGUUCAACUUUCAUCUGGGACCACCGGCGAGCGCGGUGCACGGGCACCAUCCGGAACAGACCCCGAGUCCACCGCAGAGCGUUCCAGGUCGUCGGACCCCACUGGGAACUGUGGGCCUCGGUGGUUUCUACUCUCAACCUCACGCCGCCGGCUCGACAUCCGCUGCACUAACCGACGAAAACCGUCCAUCCGGAAGUGCCGAAAGUCACUUUAGCCCACCAGUUCACCACCCGGUUGCCCCGGUUCCGACCGGGGGCAAGCAGAAGAACCGCCAGGGAAAGUCAGUAAGACUGAAUAUCAACGCCCGUGAGAGACGUCGGAUGCACGAUUUGAACGACGCCCUGGACGAGCUGCGCAGCGUUAUUCCGUACGCGCAUUCACCUUCCGUACGGAAGUUAUCCAAGAUUGCAACACUACUGCUGGCGAAAAACUACAUCCUUAUGCAGGCCAAUGCACUGGAUGAGCUUAGAAGACUUCUAGCAUACAUCCAAAGUGCCGCCGGAGCGGGCGCUCCAACGGUCGACCUCAGGACCAUGCCAUCAGCGAUAAAGUUACAGCAGCUGCUCCAAACUCCCCAGCACGAACUUCAACAGCAAGCCACCCAGAGCUUGCAGCAAGCUCAGCAACAAGCUCAACAGGCCCAGCAGCAGCAGCAGCAGGCGUCACUUCCGCCGCAAAGUGCACCACCGCCAGCCAAUCCAAACCCUUGAAUCUGCGCGGCUGAUGACCCAGAGCCCAUUGAUGUUCCCCCGUGAUAGGAGGCUUUUACUCAGAUAUUAAAUGCCAAAAGUUCAAUUAAAAUGUAAUAUGUAAGACCCGUCAUGUGUGUUUUCUAGUCAGGAAAAAUAAGCACUGAAAAACAGUUUUUUUUUUUAAAGAUUGAAAAUAGGUUGUAGGAGUCUCGAGUAGCAAUAAGUUUCGUAACUAGUCGAUUUUUUGUGCCAAAAAAACAAUGAUUAAAGUGCAGUUGCCAAAUAUUUCAUAUUUAAAAAUAAAUAAAGCUUAGAAUAGAAUAAUUACUAAA